AUGGAGAGUCGCCAACAGCCUCCCUGGCAACAGCCGCCAGCUCACCCCGACGCUCGUCUGCCGCCCCUCAAAGUCUGGAACUCCCUCACUCGCUCCAAGACCCCCUUCGUGCCUUUGGACCCCAAGGGCCGCAAAGUCACCUGGUACGCCUGCGGUCCUACCGUCUACGACGAUGCGCAUCUCGGCCAUGCCAGAAACUAUGUCAGCACCGAUAUCCUGCGUCGAAUCCUGCGGGACUACUUCAAGUUCGACGUGGAGUUCGUCAUGAACAUCACUGAUGUUGAUGACAAGAUCAUCCUCCGCGGUAGACAACAGCAUCUGUUCAACAAGUACAUCACGGCGCACCCCACGAUCACUCCCGAUGUCCUGGAAACCGCCCGGCUGGCAUACAGCUCCUACAUCAAGAAGAACCUCCCAUUGGUCGACCCCGAAACGAAACCGGAGAACUUUGUCGCGGAAGCGGAGAAGGUCUAUGGGGUGGUGCUCCAGGGCGGUGCUCUGGAGGCAGACAAGAAGCCCGGUGAUGCGGAGGUCAAGAUCAAGAUGCACGUGAAGACCGUGACUGCGACGGCGUUGGCGAUCGUCAAGGCCGACAAGAACUCUGCCAGUGAUGCGACUGCCAGCCAGUCCUUUUACGAUGCCACUCAGGAUGUCUUCUGCUUCUAUCUUGACGUCACAGAAGGGGCUACGAUUCCCGGAGAUGCCCAUGAGAUCUUCACCAAACUCACGAAGAAAUACGAGGACCACUUCAUGCGGGAUAUGCGGGACCUUAACGUUCUUGACCCCGAUGCUAUCACCAGGGUCACGGAGUACGGCCAGCAGAUCGCUGACUUCGUCGAGAAGAUCGUCGCAAACAAGUAUGGCUACGUGACGUCGGAUGGCUCUGUCUACUUCGACAUCAAAGCUUUCGAAGAAGGCGGCAACCACUACGCAAGACUGGAACCUUGGAACCGCAACAACCAGCCCCUGCUGAGGGAUGGCGAGGGCGCCCUGUCUCGGGCCACCGAGAAGAAGUCUCCCGAUGAUUUUGCCCUCUGGAAGGCCUCCCGCCCGGGAGAGCCCAGCUGGUCCAGCGUCUGGGGUCAAGGACGCCCAGGCUGGCACAUCGAGUGUUCUGCCAUGGCGUCGAGCUGCCUGGGAAGCCAGAUCGACAUCCACUCCGGUGGCAUUGAUCUUGCGUUCCCUCACCAUGACAAUGAACUCGCACAGAGUGAGGCUUACUGGUGCGAGCACAAGCAGCAGUGGGUCAACUACUUCCUGCACAUGGGCCAUCUUUCCAUCCAGGGCUCCAAAAUGUCCAAAUCCCUCAAGAACUUCACCACCGUCAAGGAUGCCCUUGAGCGCGGUGACUACACUCCCCGUAGUCUGAGAAUAGUUUUCCUGUUAGGUGGGUGGCGCGACGGAGUGGAAAUCACCGACGAGCUCGUGAAAAACGCCUCCUCCUGGGAGGACAAGCUCAACAACUUCUUUGUCAAAGCGAAGGACCCGUCUAGUUUCCGGGACUCCGCAGAGGCCACCAAUUCUUCAUCCGAGACUUUGGCGCAGGCCCUCAAGUCCACACAGGAGAAGGUCCAUGAAUUCUUCUGUGACUCCUUUGAUACCCCGAAAGUUCUGACUGCUAUUUCUGAGUUGGUAACGACAUUCAACGCACUGGACAGCCACACCUUGGAUCGCAAGGUGGCCGAAGACAUGGGCACAUGGGUCACCCGGAUUGUCACUAUCUUCGGUCUCAAUGGCGCUGCUUCCCCUGACAACUGCGGAAUCGGUUGGGAGGGCACCGACAUCCCCGAAGCAGCCAAGCGCUUCCUAUACCCCCUUUCAGCCAUGCGUGACUCCUUGCGCCAGGCCGCGAUGUCAGGCACCCAGAUCACCUCUGAGCAGGUGAAGGACGUCAUUGACACCAGCUUGGUCAAGGACGCAGCCGUGUCUGAUUCAUCCAAGCCCUACUCUCAAGUUCUAGAUGACUUCGCUUCGCAGAUUGCUUCUCUGAGCCUGGAAGAACCCAAGAGCGCAUCCAAGCAGAUCCUUUCGCUGUGUGACCGCCUGCGUGACGUUGAGCUUUUCAACCUCGGGAUUUACUUAGAAGACCGCGAGAAUAAGCCCGCCCUCGUGCGUCCUGUCACCAAGGACAUGCUCCAGGCCCGCGAAGAACAAGCCCGCAAGGCUUUGCAGAAGCAGCUCGAAAAGGAAAAGCAAGAAAAGCUGGCCCAGGAAAGGCUCGAGAAGGGCAAGCUGAACCCUGUCGAGAUGUUCCGUACUAGCGAGUACAGUGCCUGGGAUGAGGACGGCCUCCCAACAAAGGACGCGGCCGGCGAGCCUGUCCCUAAAAGUAGGAGCAAGAAGCUUCGGAAGGACUGGGAACGUCAAAAGAAGGCGCACGAAGCCUGGCUUGCGAGCCAACAAGGGAAAUGA